GCAGAUCUCUGUGUAAAGGGGGGACAGCAAAGAUGUAAGUUUUAAGGAAAUAAGCUGCGAGGAAGGAACCGGGACACAUUGAGACCAAUGGAAAAGAUUCGGAAAACAGAAUGUGAAUUCUCCAAACAGAACCAGCUGGAUGCUUAAAAUUGGAACCGUGGAGCCAAUGACACCAUAAAUGAACUUGAUGAUGACUUCAACCUUCCUACACGCUGGAGCCUGGCUGCACUUCUUACUGAUUCUGAUGGGUUUAUCCUGGAAGCAGGUGAGCUGCACACACCCAGAAUGUGCCCUUGUACUUCAGGUUUUGGAACAAGAGGCUCAGUGUUAUGAGAGGAUAAAAUCUGAGAAUACAAGUUCACGCAACUCCACCCAUGGAGGCUGUAACAUGGAGUGGGAUGGAGUGAACUGCUGGAGUGCUGCCUCAAUAGGACAAACUGUGACAGUCUCCUGCCCGGAGAGCUUGCAGAUGUUUCUGAACUCAAAAGUUGUGAUCAGCAGAAACUGCUCAGAGGACGGAUGGACCCCUCACUCCCCUCCGUAUUAUAAAGCCUGUAUAUUCAGUGGAACCAAUGAGACCGACGAAAAGGGAAAUUAUUUCCAUACGGUGAAAAUCCUGUAUACGUGCGGCUAUGCAGCUUCCCUUACUGCUCUCGUGACUGCCAUCAGCAUCUUCUCCCUCUUCAGGAAACUGCACUGCCCCAGGAACUUCAUCCAUGUCAACCUCUUUGUCUCGUUCAUCCUCCGUGGAAUCGCUGUGUUUAUUAAAGACGCUGUUCUCUUUGCCGAUGAGAAUGUAGACCACUGUACCAUGUCAACGGUGGGUUGUAAGGCGGCUGUAGUGUUUUUCCAAUACUCAGUCCUUGCAAACUUCUCUUGGCUGCUGGUGGAAGGAAUGUAUCUACACACUUUGCUCACACUCACGUUUACUUACCAGAGAAAGUACUUCUGGUGGUAUAUAGUCAUUGGAUGGGGUGCCCCAGCUCUCACCAUUUCAGUAUGGAUCAAAACAAGAAUUCAGUUUGACAAUACAGGGUGCUGGGACGACUAUGAAAGCAUUUACUGGUGGAUCAUCAAGACCCCAAUACUACUUGCAAUAUUUAUCAACUUCAUCAUAUUUCUCAAUGUGAUCAGAAUUCUUAUCCAGAAGAUCCGAUGCCCAGAUAUCAGCAAAAAUUAUAAACAGCAGUACAUGAGGCUUGCAAAGUCUACGCUUCUCCUCAUCCCUCUUUUUGGGGUCCAUUAUGUUAUCUUCGCACUCUUUCCUGAGCACAUUGGUAUCUGGGCAAGAAUGUAUUUUGAACUCGUCCUUGGAUCCAAUCAGGGAUUCAUAGUCGCUUUGCUCUACUGCUUCCUCAAUGGAGAGGUCCAGGCAGAAAUCCAGAGGCAUUGGGGCAAGUGGCAGAGCUCAUUGGAGAGCAAUGUGUUUAACCUGGUGACACAAGAUUUCACAGCAUGAAGUCAUAGGGAGUCGAGAGGCAUCUCGAGAAGACCAUCUAGGAUGGUACAAAGUGAGACUAACUGUAAUUCCUGGAAUCUGUCAUGCAAAAGUGAAAUGCAGAGCUUUCAAUGUUAUUUAGGAAACGAGAACCCAUCAAAUCUUCA